UGAAACAUUUAAGCAUUACUUAAUAGCAACUCUCUUGACAAAAAUAUUUAUUUAUUAUUAUUUAUCUGGAUGCGCUUUUGAUGAUUUAUGGAAGCACGUUGCCGAGCAACGUAAAGGUAAAACCUAACGGCAUUAUACUUCAGCUACAUACCGAGUUCAUUUGGUAAAUAUUUUACAAUGAAUCUGUAUUUAUUUUAACAGUUUGGACACAAAGAAUGUUCUUUAUUUGAGUCUUAACAUGAAGAUGAGCCAGCCUUUCACCAAAAGCUUUAAACACAGCUUGCCAAAGACAUCCAACGAACAGCACAGUAGCAAAGCCAAGUCUUUGUGCCAUAACGUUACAGAAAGCAGCAGCUUGAAAACAGACGUGCUUUGCAACUCUGCACAUAAAGUGAGGCGUCUUAAAACCAGGAAGGAGAGGAAUCAGAUUCGAGGUCAAGAGAGAAACAGGUCUCAGCCAUGCCCUCAGAAAAGCAGAAAAGAAGUUGGUGAGAAAGCCCAACGCCACCACAUCCAUCCAAUGUCUGGUUCUAGAAAUGAGAGGCCAUUCGCCAAGCCAUUCAUCCUCCAGAAGCCAAGCAUCAUAACUGAGGGACGCCUUACCUCCAUCAAAGGCCUUUUCAGCAAUGAGGUUAGGUCGUUGGAUAUUGAGCGACUGGUGAGCGAACAAAUAAAGCAAGAUAACCAGAAAAAGGAGCCGAGAAAACAGUCUAUGGUGCAAAUUAGGUCACAGCUACCUACAUUGGUACCUGAUUCAGACCAGGACUGCAUUCUCAAUGAUGUACCAGGACCAGAGAACAAUUCAACCCCACAAGUGAAGAGGAAAAUUUCAAGAAAAGAGCUCACUGGGAAAAGGGGUUUUCAGACUAAUAGAAAGUUAGAUGCCUCAGUUCCUCUAGCAUCAUCAAGUGUGGAUGGGAAGCAUAAAAGAAACACCAGAACUGAAAUGGAAGGUAAUAAUAGCAAAACAAAGCAGAAUAGUGCCAAAGAACCUGAACAAGUGAUUUUGUCAUCCUCAGAAAAUGAAAAUGAACCUAUUCCCCAGUUAUGCUCUACUCCAAUUGAAACUAACAAGCACAACUUUAAUAUUUCACAAACAAGCACUCUUAAGACCCCUGAUGAUGGAAAACAUGUUCAGAGAUUUGAAGAAAUCUCUACAAUAGUGGAAUUCCCGAACAUGGAAGAUUUGCAGCCUUUAACCUCUCUAUCUGGACUGAGCUCUGGGACUGGACAAUUAGCAAACAAUGACAAGCAGCAGGAGGAGGAAAUGUCAGUGUCUUGUAGAGAAGAAGUAAAAAGGCUGGCUAAACGUUUGUGCUCAGCUUCAGAUCUCUAUGUGCCAAGCUAUCAGCGCUCCCUACUGGAUAAGUGUAAGAAGACACUAAUGCAGACUUUACAAAAAAGACAUAGCUUCCAGUUAAAUCACAACCUGCACAGGCUACGUUCAUCCUUGAAUGGAAAGCAAAAAGCCUCUCAGCCAAGCACAGCACAGACAUGUGAAGACCGUUCACCAUUUAGCCAUGCAGUGGAGAUUGAGGAUAGGUGUAACAUCAGCAACAUGCCUAUUUGGACAGGUAUGGGACUUUUUUUGAAGUUUGUGGAAAGUGACAACUGA